CAUCUCUCCGUGGCCGCCCCGGCCCCGCCAUGGCCCCCGCGGCGGUGCUGGUCCCCGCCGCCCUGGCCUCCUUCGUCCUGGCCUUCGGCACCGGCGUCGAGUUCGUACGCUUCGCGUCCCUGCGGCCGCUGCUGGGCGGCAGAGCCCCGGAGCCCGAUGCCCAGGGCUGGCUGGCUGCCCUGAGGGACCCCGGCGUCCUGGGUGCUCUGGCGCAGGACCUGGGGCUGCUGGUUCUGUUCAUGGGGCAGCACAGCCUGAUGGCCACCGAGCCCGUGAAGGCCUGGGCUGCCCGGCGGUUCGGAGUCCUGUACAGGUCCCUCUACGUGGCCUGCACCGCCCUGGCCCUGCAGGUGCUGAUGCGCUGCUGGGAGCCUGUGCGUGGAGGUCCGGCACUCUGGGACGCCCGGGCCGAGCCCUGGGCCACCUGGGUCCCCCUCUUUUGCUUCGUGUUGCACACCGUCUCCUGGCUGCUCAUCUUCAGCAUCCUCCUCGUUUUCGACUACGCGGAGCUCAUGGGGCUCAAGCAGGUGUACUACCACGUGUUGGGCCUGGGCGAACCGCUGGCCCUCAAGUCGCCGCGGGCCCUGCGGCUGUUUGCCCACCUGCGGCACCCGGUGUGCGUGGAGCUGCUGGCCGUGCUGUGGGCCGUGCCCCGGCUGGGUCCCGACCGGCUCCUCCUGGCCGUGCUGCUCACCCUCUACCUGGGCCUGGCCCACAGCCUGGACCAGCACGACCUGCACUACCUCCGGGCCCAGCUCCGACGCAAGCUCGACGUGCUCGCCCUGCCCCACCGCCCGGACCCCGGCCCCGGCCCGGCCCUCGCCCGCUGAAGGCCCCGCGGCCCGGCCCCGGUGGAAUCGCCCGCCUUCGCUCCGGGUCCGAGGGCCCGCCCUUAGGAUUUGGACCGCCGGUAAUACCGACGAGGCCCGCUCCUCUUAGGAUCUCGCCCGCUGUCCCUCACGCUCGUGACCCCCGCCCAUGAGAGGGGUCUCCAUCACCGUCACUGGACUUGAGGCGAUCACGAUCGCCUUCCGGGACCGGACCGGUGGCUCCGGUCCGGUCCGCCAUCCCCUAGGACGCGAAGCCCCACCCCACCCCCGACCUCAGGGCUCCCUCGCGGGGGAGGAGAGGGGUUGGACCGCUCCCGGCCGGGGGCUCCCGUCAGCGCCCCCGUUCCUCAGGGACCCACCCGCAGCCUGGGACGUGCGGGACUUGCGAGGGAAGAGGCAGAAUUGGGUGCCGGAGGCGACUCCGCGGGUGGCGACCCUGCACCCCGGCCCGUCUCUCCCGCCUCCACGGUGCCUUAAGAGCCCAGGCCCUUCGUCCAUUUCCCUGGGGUGACGGACGGAAUAAAGUCGCUGCCAAGUUUUUA